AAUAUCACACUCCUUAGACAAAAAUAUCCUGAACGUGUACCUUGUUAUGUAGCUUUAAAUGGGGGUUCUCAGGAGAUCACUGUAGAGCAGCAGAUAUAUAUCGAGGGGGAAAAAGAAAAGGAAGAUCCUAUCAUUGAAGUUUUGCUUUCCGGCAGUGUACCAGGCCUUGGGGCGAAAGGCAAUCUUGUCAAGAUCCACCGCAAUAGAUUUUGGAAUAAUCUCUAUCUCCGUAAACUCGCUGAACUUCCCACUCCCGAGAGAAUCCGUGAACUCCAAUCCGAAGAUUCGAGUGUUCUAUUCGGUCAUUCCUAUGAGGUUCAACAACGGUUGCUGAAUAUGACUCUUUACAUACCGAUGAAUCCAAACACUGAUUGGACCUUGUCACCUAAGCAUGUCAUGGUUGCUUUUCGAAGAGUUGGUGUCGUGGUUCCUGAAGAAAACAUAACGUUGCCGGAUAAACCUGUGACAUCUUCAACUCUUGAAGAAUUCUCAAUCAAUGUUAAUAUUGAAAACAAGGUGACUCCUGUCUUACGUGAGUUCUGUCGUUUCUCUUCAAAUGCUGCCAAGGCCCGAAUUCAGACGCUGUACUGCUUUCAGCGCGAGAAAGGAUGGUCGAAAAGAUGCAGAAAAAUUACCCUGAGUCCAGCCAAUCAAACAGCGCUAAAACACUUUGAUAGGUACUACACUCAUAUCUGUGGAGCUACAGCAUGGUGUGGUAUUCGAGCGGCGCUUCUGACUCCACCUGCCAAAGUAGCUAUUCUCAAUGCCGUUAAUCCAGGUCUUCAGCAAUGUCUUGACGAAUUCUAUUCAAAAAACUACCUCGAUCUAUUCACGGAGUUGACUAAACCGAUUGCGGGCGCUCAAACUUCUCAGAAAACCCAACCGACUCCUCCUCAAAAACAUAAAUAUGAGCCUGAUUCGCUCUUCCCCAAUCGACAAUUUCUCAUACGAGAAGAUGCUAUCUCUGAUCAGUUGUCAGAAUUCGUUCCGGCAACAGAAUUCAUAGGAGAAAGAGUGAUUUAUACGAGGGACUCGGACAAGGGAUACGUACUGCAAAGCGAUUUGGAUUUUAUGAUGUCAGGUACUAUUGAUUUCACAGUUUUGAAAGAGGAUAAUAACUGGAUUGAAUCAUUCAAAAAAUUGAAAUGCUUGGUCUUGCCGACUGGAACAUUUUCAGAACUGCCCAGACCAAAGUAUGAUGGGAAUUGUUAUGAUUUUUAUCCGCUGGACUUGGGUUCAGUGUUGGCUGUUCUAUUACUCGAUGUUCAACCAGAAGCCCGCAUGUUGGAUUUAUGCUCAGCUCCUGGUGGAAAAGCUGUAGUAUCUUUGCAGACACUCAAUUUAAGUAAGUUUGUUAUUAUUUUUCAGCCGAAGUAA